GAAGUGCCUUGGAGUUGAGCCGAGUUAUGCUGGGCGAUCAGUCCUAAGAUGACACUUAGAACUUUCGGCAAAAGAAAGAGCCAUAAUCUGAAGUUCAAAAUCAAUGCAGCUCAUGAUUUUUUUUGUAGUGCGUGGGGGUUGCAGACCAAUGUUGGUUGGGACACUGUGUUCCCAGCUUGCUUUUUCCCUACUGCUAAGGGCAGACUUUGCCCUCUCCAGUGUUAAUUUCAACUUCUACCUCGAAUUGGAAAGAUAAGCAAGUGGGCUGUUCAAUAGUUAGCGAACGCUAACAGCAGACCAAUGCAUGCUCUUCAUGUGGAUGGCUCGAGAGAUGCUGUUUCCUUUUUUCCUUUACAUAUGGUUGUAGUUUUAUUUUACUGCGGUGCUGCUAUAUAUAACAAAUCGCUAAAGUUCCAGGGUUUUUCAAGGAUGCUCGCCAAUGUGAAAAAGUCCCAGAUGUAUUUGAUUAAAAAGCUGAGUUUGUUUUUUGCUGAUCUAUCUGUCCUUUGUUCGGUUCUCUUCAUCGUUUCCGUCUCCUUUUAGACUCUUGUGUUGAUUCACAGUCGGUGUUUACGUUUGGCAAGCAAGAAAACCAUCAAGCUCUGCUUGAUCUGGCCGUGUAUUUUGUCUUCUGUGGCUGAGAUGUUAUUGGCUGGCUGGUGUGGAAGAAGUUCACGUCUUUGUAGUGCAGUACUAUCUGUUUUGUUUAAUAACGCCGCCGUCAGGUGGUGUUGUUUAGUCUUUCAAGUUUACGUUGCCAAUUGUAAGUGUCCUCAGGGAUGUUGGUUUUAGACACACCUGCUUUCUGCAAAAAACUGUUUAGCCUCUGUAGUGUCUGAUGUUUAGAUAACAGCUUGUAUAUAACCAAAGCUAUACUCAAGUUGCAAUAACCGUACUGAUAAGUUGGCUGUGUGUUGACAGAAAUUAUUGUACUUGACCACGCCAGGACUUUGAAUGGAAAAUGCAUCCUUGCAAAGUUCAAGCUGUAUCAAAUAUAGUGUUGCUAAAUUGUUUAGGCGAAGUCCAACUCCCAAAAUCUGUAAUCACAUCCUGUUUGGGAUCGUGUAAACAGUUUUGAGUUACUGUAAUUUUCCAUUUAGCUCUUCCUCAAAGGUGGCGUAGGAUUUUGCAUGGAAGUGAUUUGUUAUGGGAGUGUAAGUAGUUUAAAAAUAUUCCACCACUGUCUGGUUUUGGAGUUUGCCGUUAUCUGCUAAACCAUCUGACUGGGGCGUCUAUUUAAUCAGAUGUGCUUUAAUUGGCCUGUGUCAGCCAGCGGUUCCUUACUGUCUGCAUUCUUCUCUAGCUUUGGGCCAAUCUCCUGGGACGAUCAUGUCUUGGGGUAAAAAUAUAUGUGAGUUCAUGAUAUUUGAGGUUUCCUUAAGAAUAAAGGUAGCAUUGUGAGGAAUAAUUAAUAUGCUAUAAAGUAACGGCUUAAUUUGGAAGGUGGAAAUUUUGAUUAUGUUCAAAUGAUAAAUAAUGUAUUGGUAACCAUAUUUCUGUUGUCCAGUAAGUUUAAGUAGUAGUAGUUUUGAUUUUUGAACGCUGAUAAGUGUAUGGUGUACCAAGUUCUUGAAAGCUAGCAAGUUCUGUACCAAGUUUCUAGAAAACCUCUACUAAACCCAUUUUAAUUUGUGAUCUCACUUAAAAACGCAAUUCUAGAUGGUAUAGUUAGUCUAAAUGCUAUUCAAAUUAUUAAACUGUAAAGAGUUGUACUUUCAGCCAUAAAAAUAAAGACUUUGUAGGCAGGAGAUACAAGAUUGCACUUGAAUGCUACUGUAUGUCUUAUUUGCAUUCGAAUUGCCUUAAGUUUUUUGUUCAAUAUAUAGGCAGUACAUUUGCACAUCCACCAGUUUUCUAUUCCAUAGUUUGUUGUCAUUGCUGAGUAAUGUUGUCAUAUUAUCUGUAGCCUGUUCAGACCUCCAGUUCCCCCUGUCUUGCCCCCUUCUGUCUCUUGUGUGAAAGUUACGUAAGAGCCUCCUCCCACUGCAAUAGAUCGGCUUGCAGUGAUGCCUCUCUCGCUCUGCCUCAGCAUCCCGAGCUGCAGCACGAGCACCUGAUAAUGCUUGCUCAGCGCCAUCACCCAAGGUCACUUCAUUCAUUCCUACCUCAGCUGGAGACUCUGCACACAUCACGUUUGACACUUAAUCACAUCAGCAAAGGAUAAAUUAAUGCUUAAGCGGUGUAGGGCAUAAUCUGUUUUGGCAGUACUCUGCAAAUCACAUGUCCACCCCUCCCAGUACCCGUUUAAUUACCCAAGAGAUGUUGUUCAUUCUUGACAGAUGUGCCCCUUUCAUUUCUUUUGUAAUUAUCUUUGAUUAAUUGUGUUGAAAUGGAGGGAGGUUGCCACAAGACCAUUACCACAGAAGUCCUCGCCACUCCCUUAGCUUGAUAAUGUUCACAUCUCAUAACGGGAGUGAUGGAUUUUUUGCAGUGUUAAGGCUUUCUAUAUUUAGCAGAAAGGAGCUUCUUGUUGGAGGAGAAUUACAAGGAGGAACGCAGUAUUGCUCAUCACAGCAGGUUCCUAUUACGUAACAUCCAGAGGUCGCAGCUGUGACGCCAUCCGGUUGGAAAUGCCACAUUCAGGAAAUCCAAAACGAAGCCCAAUGGAAAGAAAGCACCCACUGAAGAGAAGAAGCACUACAUGGAGCCAGAGUACACAAAAGUGCGGGUCGUGGACUUCGACCUGAAAGAUUUGGUGUCGCUUCCCACCAAAGAGAUCGACCUCAACGAAUGGUUUGCCAGCAACACAACAACCUUCUUCAAUCUCAUAAAUCUGCAGUAUAGCACAAUCUCAGAGUUUUGCACUGGGGACACAUGUCAAGCCAUGACGGCUUGCAAUACGAUAUACUACUGGUAUGACGAGAGGGGGAAGAAGACGAAGUGCACUGCGCCUCAGUAUAUCGACCUCGUCAUGACUUUUGUGCAGAAAUUAGUGACGGACGAAGAAAUCUUUCCCACAAAAUAUGGCAAAGACUUUCCCAACUCGUUCGAGUCUCUGGUGAAGAAGGUCUGCCGGUAUCUGUUUCACGUGUUGGCUCACAUCUACUGGUCUCACUUUAAAGAGACGGUGGCUCUGGAGCUGCAGGGACACUUGAACACACUGUACGCACAUUUCAUCGUCUUCGUCAGGGAAUUCAACCUGAUCGACCCCAAGGAGACCUGCAUCAUGGACGACCUGUCGGAGGUGCUGUGCGCCCCCCUGCCGCCCCACACACACAACCACGUGACCGAGAGAUGAGCCUCGAGCCGCGAACUCGAGGAUGACGACGAAACGUGCGAGGCCUUCUCGGACGGGCCCCUCCGUCACUAUUUCUUAUGAGAACUGAUCAAAAGAUGGGGCUGAGGGCUGGCGGUCUGCAAUUCUCGUACCAGCACAGAUUGGUGUGAAUGUUUCCUACAGGACAAAACAAUCUGUCUCCAUUCUCAUUUAUACAGGAACAAUUUAUAUUUUACUUUGCAUUUUUAUUAUCGUUUUUUGCGCAUGCGCUCUCUGAGGUUUUCGUUUUCUUUUAGGGAAUGGUGUUUCAGCUCGGCUCUCACCAGUGCCUUAGAAUUAUAGCUAAGGUAUUGUCUGUUUUUAUGCAACAAUGUUUAGAAAUGUAUCAUUGACCUCUGGCUCCCCCUUGUGGAGGGAGUCACGUCACGCACCGACUGACUGUUUAUGAUCUCUGCCGCCUUAUUUCACAUAAAACUGUAACAGACUAGUGCAAAAUCUCUCUUUUUUCAUAUUCUAGCCAUCAUUAUCCAUGUCUUUUGUGUUUUUAAAUCAUUUCCAAUGUACUUAUUAGCCUUUUACGAUGAUGUAUAAAGGGUUUGAUGGUUUGAACGAUGCUUUAGAGAAAGUCUGGACUUGCUUUGUAGGUUUCCGACAAGGAUAUUAGCGAUAUCUGCAUGUCUGCUCGCUCAGAGAGACGCUGCAGACGCGGACUAAUGAUUGUUGCAUGGCAGUUGACUUGCUGUGUUGCAUUGAUGAGCACAUCCUCCAGCGUCACAACCUUUAUUUUUUAUUUCACUUUUUUCUUUUAAGUUAUCAGAGGUCAUGAAUAUUGUGGCAGCCCUCGUGUGUAGAAAAUGCACAAUACGUUUUUGUUUCCCAAGAAAUAGAUUGAAACUAUAUAUAUAUAUAUAUAUAUAUAUAUAUAUAUAUAUAUAUAUAUAUAUAUAUAUAUAUAUAUAUAUAUAUAUAUAUAUAGGCUAAUUAAAAUCACAGUAAUUGCCUUUAGCGAGAGAGCGUCUCUCCUUCUUAUUUUAUUUAUUUUUACUUUUUUAUAUAUAUUUGCAGAGUUCGACAGUUAAUGCUUUCUUUUUAUGUAUUUUAAUUAUCUAAGUUAAAAGCCACUUAAUAUUUUAAGCUCUGCGAAAUAUAAUCAAAUAAAAACAAGAAAUGCCACAUUACUUCGGUGUGUUGU